AUGUUAAAGAGUCCACUGUGGGACAGUAAAAUAGUACUUGGUACUAGUGCGAUGUUAAAGAGUCCACUGUGGGACAGUAAAAUAGUACUUGGUAAUGGCCUCGGUAGUCAUGCCGGUGUUCACAAAUUAUCGGGAACAUAUAUAUCUAUACCAUGUUUACCACCACACUUCCAAACUCUAAAUUCUAUAUUUCAUGCUGUUAUUUAUAGUUCAAAAGAUAGACAAGAAUUUGGUAAUUAUGCAGUUUAUAGAACGUUAAUUGAAGAACUUAGAUUUUUAGACAAACAUGGUGUUGAGCUUGAUCUACCUCAAGGGAAAACGAAAAUUUAUUUCAAAUUAGGUCUUAUUUUAGGCGAUAAUUUAGGUCUCCAUUCAAUACUAGGAUUCGUUGAGAAUUUUAAUGCUAGCUAUAGCUGUAGAUUUUGCAAGAUGGAUAAAAUACAACGGUCUUUAGCAACUGUUGAAGACAAAUCGUUGAUACGUUCUUAUCAGUAUUAUAAAUAUGAUUUAAAUUUAAAAGAUCCUAAUUCAACUGGAAUAAAAAAAAAAUGUGUCUUUAGCUCUUUACCUGAUUUUCACGUUACACAGAAUUAUGCCGUAGAUAUGAUGCAUGACUUUUUAAGAGGGAUUUUUCAUUUUGAUAUGAUCGAAAUAAUAAAUCACUAUAUCUAUAAAGCUAAAUUGUUUUCUCUUGAUGAAUUGUCAAGUCGUAUGAAUGCUCACGACUUUAGAGUUGUAGAAUCAAAGAAUAAACCUCCUGAAAUCUUAGAUAAACAUUUACAAACUGACAGUUUAAAAAUGUCAGCAGGAGAAACAUUAACUUUUAUUCGGCAUUUUGGUAUCAUUGUGGGUGAUAUGAUCCCUGAGGAUGACAUUGUAUGGCGAGUCUACUUGAAUUUACGACAAAUACUUGAUAUUAUUUCUAGUAGGUCCCUUCAAAAAGAAAGCAAAUUCUUGUUGGAUAAUUUAGUUUCAGAACAUCAUAUAUUAGUUCAACGUGUAUUGAAACGUAAGCUAAAAGCUAAAGAUCACAUUUUAUUGCAUUACGGUUCUGUAUUUAUUGAAUCUGGACCUGUAAUUAAUACCUCGAGUAUGCGUUUCGAAGCUAAUCACCAAGGAAGUCUGAAGAUGCUAGUACCGAGGGGCUAG